CGGAAUCCCAGCGUGCAAUGUGGUCCUGCAAUGGUGGCCGUUAACUCAUAGCGACUGAACAAGGGCGAUGAAAGCGGACAUUGGGGCAAGUCAGCUUUGUGAAAUCGAUGCUGCCCGGUUUGUAGCUGAAGAUUUGUCGCCUAGUAUUUUCCUAUGCCGAUUAGUUAGUGCUUUGGUACAGUUCACUGUUGUGCGCGUUCCGGAGGAAGUAGGUUCGAUGGGGCAGCCAGGACUCAGGCCCCGAGUGUCCUCUGCCAAAUAGGGAGAGAACCACAACACUUCACAUCCAUGGAAGAUCCACAGGACUCUCGGGAGCAAGUUGCAAAGAAAUCACGCCGUGAUUUAGAUUCCACAGAUGAGCAAGCUUUAAGGACUGAGGAACUGCACAAUAUAAUCCAACUGCAGAGUCAAACAAACAGAAAUGAUGAGCAAAAGUGUAGGUCUGACUGUCUGUCUAGUAACUUAACUGUGCUGAAUGAAGCAGAAGUUAAAAAUGAAAUGAUACAAAGCAGUGACUCUGAAACUCUGACAAGGAAAAGAUCUGCUCGUGCAUAUCCAAGUUCAGUUAUAACCUGCACAGGUUCUAGUCCACGUAUGCCAAAUCAAGAUAACUUGGUAAUGUUUCCUACAAAGCCAUAUCCACAUUUAUUUUCUCCGCCAAUAGUUCAAGCUGCUUAUUCCGAACAGGCUCGAUACCCAGCAGCGCAGCCAUCCGCAUCUUACACGUCAUACCCAGAACCAAAUCAGCCUUAUGGACUACCUCCUUUUGGUGCAUUGUGGCCUGGUGUGAAAACAGAAUGUGGAUCACCCAGUCAGCCUGGAUACCUCAGUUAUGAUACAGGGUUUAGCUCAAAUCAAACCAGCCCAGCACAUUACACAUAUCCAGCACAAGGUACCUGUUUCCCAAGAGCCAGUAGUUACUCUGGCGGAACUGCUGCUGCUUUUGUUGUCACCAGUGCUGCAAGCCUCAGCAGUUCUAAUCAGGAUUAUCCUUCCUAUACAUCUCUUGGACAAAGCCAGUUUGUGCCAUAUGUUCCCAAUUCAAAUUAUGGAACCACAACUCCAAACUCUCUGCCUGCCAGUAACACCUCAACAACUGUUACUUUCCAGAUGCGUAAAAUGCAAACAAAUAUUUCCAGUUCAUCAAACCAGGACUACCAAUCUGGAGAUUCUGGUGCAAGUCAAAGUCUAACACGCACAAUAGUGAAGGAACUUGAGGAGCGAUCUCGUAAAACUCCAAGUGGCAAGUCCAAGGGGAAAGGAAAGAGGAAUUGUUUUUCCCCACUGCCUGAUAAUGAACUGGAGCGUGUGUUUGUGUGGGACUUGGAUGAAACCAUUAUCAUCUUUCAUUCACUACUUACUGGAUCAUAUGCACAAAAAUUUGGAAAGGAUCCAACAUCAGCAUUGACACUAGGACUGCAAAUGGAGGAAAUGAUUUUUGAUCUUGCUGACACACACCUGUUCUUCAAUGAUUUGGAGGAGUGUGAUCAAGUUCAUGUGGAAGAUGUUGCAGCUGAUGAUAAUGGACAAGACUUAACUAACUACAACUUUACUACUGAUGGAUUUCAUGGAUCAGUGUCUGGAUCGAGCCUUUGCACAGGUGGUGGUGUACAGGGAGGCAUUGAUUGGAUGAGAAAGCUGGCCUUUCGAUAUCGGCGUGUAAAAGAAAUAUACAACACAUACUGUACAAAUGUUGGGGAGCUGCUCAGUCCAGCCAAGAGGGAUUCCUUAAAGCAGUUAAGAGCUGAUGUUGAAGUUUUAACUGACUCCUGGCUAGCAACUGCAUUGAAAUCACUGUUGCUAAUUCAGUCAAGAAGAAACUGUGUUAACAUUCUGGUCACAACAACACAACUUGUUCCAGCUCUGGCUAAAGUGUUGCUGUAUGGGCUAGGAGAAAUUUUCCCUAUUGAAAAUAUUUACAGUGCCACAAAAAUAGGCAAAGAAAGUUGUUUUGAACGGAUUGUGUCCAGAUUUGGGAAGAAAGUUACGUAUGUAGUCAUUGGGGAUGGUCGGGAUGAGGAAUACGCAGCCAAACAGCACAACAUGCCAUUUUGGAGAAUAUUGGAUAAUGGUGAUCUGAUGUCGUUGUAUCAAGCUCUGGAAUUGGACUAUCUGUGAGCAACUGGAAAGGAACGAGCUAAGCUAUUACAAUAGAUGCCUUACAUACUGUUUGAGAUUGGACCACUAGUUUUAUUCAUUGUAAUUCUUGUUUAACCAUGGCCAAACCAGUUAGGACUGUGGGUAGUCGAACUACGUGAGCAAUCUGCUUGUUUAAUGUCAGGUAUUAAUUUAAAAGCAAAUAUGUACAAAUAUACACAUCUGCAGGAACACUAGGAAGUUAAACUACUGCCCUUUUGUGUAAAAGAGAAAUUAUAUCUGAAAUCUCUGGCAUUAAUAUUGAGGCUUUAUGUAAAACAUUUUUUGGAAACUCCGCUGUAUAAAUGUUCCUGAAUAUACAUAUGUCAGCAUUGCCUACACCAUCAACCCUAGUCCAGCAGUGUGUUACACUGGGAGGUUCAGCUGAAAAACACAUUGGUACUUGAUAAGAAGUAUAAAUAGAAGUUUUAUCUUUUUGUUUCAAAUGGACCAUGAUUUCAGUUGGGGGUCUUUUUAAUUGUAAUUUUCUAUCGUUUGUUUUUAAUAAACACCCUUGGUUGAAGAUAAUUCUGAAUGUUUUCAUGGUGAUGGAGGGCCAUUCAGUACCAGAAGGAGCCUCGUCAAACACAGUCAUGAUCCUUUCCAGUUUAACACCACUUGAUGGUCAGAGAGGAAGACAAUGUGCUGAUCUCAGUAUUGCGUUAUCUCCUUCUCUUACUCUGUCCCUCAGAAAUUAAGUCAGUUCUUUCUAAUUUUUCUUGCAUCAGCAACAGAAUCACUAUAUUAGUGAUUUUCUGUUGUUACCAACUCCACUUAAUUGUUUUUUCAGGAAUAUUUUUACAAUAUUUAGAAGUGGACUUUGCUAUUACUCUUUUUAUAGCCAAACACCCUGUAGAAAAUAUCUGGUUUGAGUAAUUUGGAUAUUUAAGAUGCUGAUAAUAAUGUGUAUUAGUUCAUCUCUGAAUGAAUAAAGAGACAAAGAAAAACUAUAGUUGGCUGUGCCUACUACUCUCAUGACACGUUUACAAAUUAUUUAUUCCAAACUGUAGAAUGCAAUUGAAGUUUUUGAAAAUGAAUUGUCUAUCUGUCCAAUUCAAUGUGUGUUCUGUGCAUUUCACAUUUCAAAGUAACUGCAACACAAGUUGAGGAUAAAUCAGGUCAUGUUAAAUACCACAAAUAUUACGUGUGAAGUUGCAAUGCUGCCCUUUUUCAGGAAGAGAAUUGCAUAUCUUGGGACUACUCCUGAGAUGAGUGAUCCAUAUUCUGCAGCCUAAGUUCAAUGCAUGCAGUGGGACCAAACCAGAACCUUUAUGGAUAAUUGUAGUAAAACUGUAAGAUUCAUAUAUGUGUAUUUUAAUAUGAUUUACUGAAAGUUUGGGUUUUUUGAAUUAAAGAUAUGUUUACCCCUGUGUGUUUGGAGUUAACCAUUAGCUUUUAAAACUACAAUGGCCAUAAAUCCAAAUUUCCUAGGAACUACCCAAAGGGUUUAGGGGGAAAACUUUCCAGACUGACUUACAUGUUUACUGUGUGCUGGGACGUUGUUUGAAAGAAGAUCAUGUUCCAAAGUGCUGAGAAAUGUUUGAUGGAGAAACAUCUGUGAAGUAGCAUUCCUUAAAAGGAGUUUAAAGCAUUGAAAUUUUUUUUAUGACAAGUUAUCAUUAAUCCCAGACCACAAUGUUGCUAUACAGUCAGUGGAAAUUAAAUGAGGUAAAGCUUUUGUAGUUAAAAAGAGAAGGAAUUAAGGCUGCAACAGUGAUAGCUUUUCUCCAGUCCUAUACUAAGUCAGGAGCUUCAUAAUAAUUGAGACCUAUUUAGAAUUCCAUCAGUUAAGAUUUUAAUUGCUUCAAGUCCAUUAGAGUAUUUAAAAAAAACUCUUCUCCUUGGAAAUGAGCUGGAAUGGGUCUUUGCACUAGAUAGAGCACUAGACGUUCUUAGAACUGCAAAAUGCGAUGUAGAAAGGUAUCUUGAUUUACAAGGCUAUUGUUUCUGUUCAAUUUAUAGAGUGCUUGAGUUAUUUCUACUGUGUUUAAACAAAAACUUUGAAUCACUGUUAAAU